AUGCGCGCAGACAUAGGCAACUGUGCCACUGGUCUCCUUCGACAAAGGAAGCAUUACCAAGUCUUGCCAAUCGAUGAAGAAAAAGGACUACAGUCGCUUAGGACGGACGACAGCAUUGUGAUUGUGUCUGCUGACAAAGGUGGCGCGACCGCCGUCAUGGAAAAGAGUGAUUACGUCAACAAGGCUAACCAAGCCUUUAACGACAGGGAAGCCUACACACCACUCGCGGAGGACCCAACUAAAAAGCAAGCCGCAGCUGUAAAAAAGAAGGUGAAUGAGCUCACUCGACUGAAGCUCAUAACCCCCGAUGACUCCAGAUGUAUGACUCUCAACGACCCCCGAAUAGCCCAUGCAUAUGGCCUUCCAAAGGUGCACAAAGAAGGUGCGCCAUUGAGGAUCAUUGUGCCGCUUAUUUGAUCACCCACCUACAACCUCGCUAAAUGGUUAUACAGGCACCUGAAGCACCUCACCAAUGGAUCACAAUAUAGCAUCAAAAACUCUCAGGCAUUCCUCCAGAAGAUCCAAGGCCUGAAAGUAAGUCCUGAUGAGUGUAUUCUAUCGUUUGAUGUGGUUGCCCUGUUUUCCUCAAUACCACAUGACCUAGCGAUUGAGAGCGUAACCCGACGCCUGCAAGAUAACCCAACCAACAUUCCGAUAGAACACAUUUCACAACUUCUUAGACUCUGUCUCAAGAACUACUGCCAAUUCGAUGGAAAGUUUUAUCAACAGGUUAGGGGCACACCAAUGGGCUCGCCAAUAUCAGGUCUACUAGCUGAACUAGUACUACAACAACUAGAAGAGGAGGUUAUGCGGACCUUUAAACCAAAAAUGUGGCUCAGAUACGUAGAUGAUACGUUUGUUAUCAUGAAGACCUGCGAAAUUGAGCAGCUACACCUGAGUCUGAAAAGCGUGUUCGCAGCUAUCCAGUUUACUUGCUAAAAGGCAACAGAAGGCAUUCUCCCGAUUCUAGACGUUAGUAUCCAAACACUAAGUGAUGGCGGCCUUGUAACAAGCGUCUACCGAAAAGACACCAGUGCUGACGUCAUUCUUAAUUAUGAAAGCAACCAUCCUGCGGCUCAUAAAAGGAGCUGUGUCCGAACCCUUUUCCACCGGGCCUAUCGGUACUGCAGCAGCGACGAUCUACGUAAGAAAGAACUCGCUUUCCUGUAUCGGUUAUUCCGACUCAACGGAUACCCGGUCAGCUUUGUAAAAAAUUGUCUCAGGCAUCAAAGACAACCACAACUCUUUGGUUCAAAUGAGGGACCAGAACAUCGGAAAUUCUACUUGCUACCCUACAUGCAGGGUAUUUCCGAAGCGAUCGCCCGACAACUAAACCGGUUUGGCAUCUUCAUUGCCCACAAGCCGGCGUCCUCUGUGCGCGCAACACUAUCGCGAGUGAAAGACCCUAUACCUAAAGAGCAGAAAACUAAUGUCAUCUACCGCAUUCCGUGUGCCAAUUGCUCUUGCGACUAUGUUGGCCAUACAGGCCGACGACUUGGGACGCGUAUAAACGAGCACAAACUAGCGAUCCGCCGACGUGACCCUUUGUCACUCGUGUUUGCACACGCCCUUGAAAGCGACCAUCGCUUCAACUGGGAAGGAACUGAAGUUGUUGCCGUGGCGAACACAAAACACGCUCGUGAAUUCCUCGAAGCCUGGCACUCUAACACGACAAGCAUCAAUCGCCAUGUCGAUCUAGAUGCUCAUUACGAAGGUCUGCGCGCCCGGCUCACUGACUUGCGCCCACAACCUAACAACAGCCGCUAAUCCACACUGGGCCAUGAAGAAUCGCACUAUUUCGUCACCCCAUUACACCCCCAGACACUGCGAACCGCAACUGCAAACCGUAACACCUCUACGUUGGGCUCACUGACCUCCGCCCGCAUGCCGGAUCGACGACCAUUAAGCCCACUGCCCAUAAUUCCAUUGAUUCGUCAUCCCCCCUACCCUCCAACAUAGGGAGACGCAAAAAUUCCGCCUUCCAUCCCUUGCCACGGAUCCCAGCCUAAUUAUCUGUCCACCCCCAUUCACACAUUAGUUGCUUGCCUGUCACUGGCUGCCCUGUCACGCCAGCAAAUUUAUUCUGACCAGUUCACUUUCUCCAAUGUUUAUUUCAUCUGACGACGGGUUGGUGUCACCAGCUCGAAAAUGUACGAGUACAACUCAAUUUUUCCGACGAGCAUUCUGUCUUCAUCAUAUUAUAUCGGAAUGCACACUAACUAAGCUAUCCACAUGUAUAUAUAUAUAUUAUGAUAGUGGGCGCUCGCCGAUCAGGUUGCGGAACAUGCUCGAUCCGUUGUGCCUUGGGACUCAUACUAAAAACCUCGCAGGCAGUCGCACAGCGACUAGUAGUAGACAUAGAUGAGAUGAUACCGACAAAGACAAGGGAGACCGGAAUGGCCAUUUCUGGCUUAUUAGCCGUCAUCAGCCAGUCAUACCCAACCCCAAGUGUGGAUCACAUGAGAUUCGAACCCGGGAUCUACUGUGCGACUGCCUGCGAGGGUUUAAGUAUGAGCCCCAAGGCACAACGGAACGAGCAUGUUCCGUAACCUGAUCGGCGAGCGCCCACUGUCAUAAUUAAUAUUCCCGACCACAACCGACAGGACAACGGGCCCGUGGCUCAAUGGUAGAGCGUUCAACUCUAUGACCAAAGAUCCCGGGUUCGAAUAUCAAGUGAUCCACACUUGGGGUUGGGUAUGACUGGCUGAUGACGGCUAAUAAGCCAGAAAUGGCCAUUCCGGUCACCCUUGUCUUUGUCGGUAUCAUUUCAUCUAUGUCUACUACUAGUCGCUGUGCGACUGCCUGAGAGGGCUUAAGUAUGAGCCCCAAGGCACAACGGAUCGAGCAUGUUCCGUAACCUGAUCGGCGAGCGCCCACUGUCAUAAUUAAUAUUCUCGAUCACAACCGACAGGACAACGGGCCCGUGGCUCAAUGGUAGAGCGUUCAACUCUAUGACCAAAGAUCCCGGGUUCGAAUAUCAAGUGAUCCACACUUGGGGUUGGGUAUGACUGGCUGAUGACGGCUAAUAAGCCAGAAAUAGCCAUUCCGGUCUCCCUUGUCUUUGUCGGUAUCAUCUCAUCUAUGUCUACUACUAGUCGCUGUGCGACUGCCUGCGAGGAUUUAAGUAUGAGCCGCAAGGCACAACGGAUCGAGCAUGUUCCGUAACCUGAUCGGCGAGCGCCCACUGUCAUAUAUAUAUAUAUAUAUAUAUAUAUAUAUAUAUAUAUAUAUAUAUAUAUAUAUAUAUAUAUAUACAAGUUAUUAUUCCGUAAUUUCGACGUAGAUACUUGCUAAAAGCCCAGACACGUGUUUCGGCGAUAUUCUAGCGCUGCGUGACACAGCUGCGAGGUGUUGGGCUCUUCAGUGGGUCUCCGAGCGUUCUCUAGCGGUUUCUGGUAUAUGAUCUCCAGAGAAUAAUCAGGUAUAUAAUUUCAGAAAUUUAUCAGUGCAGGACUUGGAGAGAAAUCUCCUGGACAUGACUUUGUAGGGUCAGAACCAAAAUUUCAAUGGACAUUUGAGUCGAAGACAAUUAACUACUGUGGAAUUACUACGUAAUGCCCAUUCUACAAACAAGUAGUACUACAAGUAGUAUGAAAUCCAUAUAGAAAAGGUAUUAUAUCGUACUCCCGACGUAGAUACUUGCUAAAAGCCCAGACACGUUUUUCGCCGAUAUUCUACCGCUGCGUGACACAGCUGCGAGGGGUUCGGCUCUUCAGUGGGACUCCGAGCGAUCUCUAGCGGUUUCUGGUAUAUGAACUCCAGAGAAUAAUCAAGCGAAUAAUUUCAGAAAUUAAUCAGUGCAGGACUUGGAGAUAAACAUCCGGUACAUAACUUUUUAGGAUCAGAACCAUUAUUUCAAUGAACAUUGGAGUCGAAGUCAAUCAACAUCUGUGGAAUAGCAACGUAUAUUUAUAUAUAUAUAUAUAUAUAUAUAAACUGAUAUAUAUAUAUAUAUCCUUUCCUUUGUGAAAUGCCUAUUAGUUUCAGAAAGAACACUUAGGCCUUGAUUAAUACAUUCAUUCGUUCAUCGCACGUGUGGUCUUUUUAUUUUUAUAAGGGAAAAUUAACGGUUAACAUUAAUGAUCGCUUUAUUCGUCCAUGAUCCCAACCCAUCCCAGGACAAAGACGCUGUAGUGUAAGGAAAUAACAGUUACGAAACAGGUUUAUUCAUGGAAAGUCAAAACAUUGCCUUCAUCCAUUGAUAUUCAUUCGCGUAAUCUAGAUUAUCUAUGCUUUACCUUUUAAGUUACAAAAGUGGCAAGGAAACCGAACAGAACAGAAUGCUCCAGGAAGGGCCUCAGCCUAUUGGGGAAGUCCUCCGGUAAUUAUCAACUUUAGUGAAAGUGAGAAAAUAGAGGCAUUUCAUGGGGCAAUGCCGGGAACAGAUAUCCAUCGGAAAAAAUUGCUCUGUAUUGUGAUUUUGUAGAAAAAUGCAAUUCCUUAAUUGAUAAUCUCAAAACAACAAUGUUUCUGAAGUAAUACAUGUCGCUCCCAAUUUCGGUCAGAAACUCGAAUUGCACUGGAAGUGUUCUAAGGAGCUACGACUUGUAUCGAAGUAAGUGGGAGAUCACCAAUAAUGCACCACCAAUGCAUGGAUUGUUUUUUUAUAUCAGGGAUAAUUACUGACUUAAAUUCAAUACAACUCUUCGCUCGGCAAACAUUGCAACUUCAUGGUAAUGAGAGAUUAAGAAGAGCCCAUUGUCGUAUGCACUGGCAGCAACAUGCCCUAUCACGUAUGUAGCUUUUGAUGAUUGCGCAUUAAAUUUUCCGACAAUUGCCGAUGCAGAGGUCUGCCUGCUGGCAGUCUGAAGUCUUAAUGGAAUGCCGCUUAUAAGGACUUUCCUCCAGCACUCCCUCAGCUGAAGUAAUUAGACUUAGCUGUCUUUAUGAUGGUUAGCUUUAAAGUGAACGUCUUAGUAGUAAUAAGAAUUUGUACGCAUGGUACAACGCCGUCUCGACUGUUGCAGGAGGACCAUAGUUUGCUGUUGUUGUUUUUGCUGCUAUGUUAGGUCAGGUCAGGGAGGCCGAGCUGACAGACGUAUUCACUUCACGUCAAAACCCACUGUCAGCCAUGACUUCCAAAGCGUCUGCUGUCUGUAUCGUCUGCAUGCAGGUAUGCAUUUACGCAGCACGUGCACAAGACUCCGGUUUCAUGCGUAAGUGGACUCAAUCCACACACCUAACUGCUGCGCACUUAGCAAUCUCUCACAUGAUCCUAGACGUGCUUUUUCACGUAAGCACACAACGCAGAGUACAGGCGGCGAAAACAGUUUUGAGUUGUGGAUUUAUAAUAUUCACCCUUCAUUGCCCUCAGAGCAAAAUCUAUCUCUAACCGCAGGGUUUAAUCCACUCCGUCAAUGGUCGCUGUCACAGGUCCCCGUUUGAUUACGAACACCAUAUUGGUAUCAAUUAUAUCAUCGUUUUUUACCCUAUCUGUUUUGUCUCUGAUUAUGGGUUUGAGCAGGCAUACGAAAGGUCAGGCUAAUAAACAUCUUGUCAAGGCAAUCGUGUCUCCUUCUUUAAACCUGGUCAAUGUUCUUCAUCACUGAAACCUGAAGUAGUUGAAUCAUGACCAAAAGAUUUUAGGGCAUUUCUUGGUAAAUAGGAACAAUGCAACUUUUAACCGCCUAAGUUAUUUGACAGGAAUGCUUCGUUAAAGUCAAGAAUAUUAUUCACCAGGAGAAGCAAGAGACUUCAUUGUGAUCCAUGAUUACUACCAACGUAUGAUGAGGAGGUGUGCAGUGAACGAUAUAAAAACCAUUGCGUUUGAGAGGCCUAUAUAGGAAAAAAAAUUCAGCGUUCUUCAGACGGUUAAAUGUUUGCGCUCGCAGGCUUGUAGAUAAUGGGACGACGCCUAAUGCCAAAAACCGACUUUUGUAAUCCUUAGUUAGUAUGACAUGGAAACAGGCAAUUCCAAUUUAUAUAAGCGAGGUUUUGCCAAACUCAAAGUAUAGUACAUAAUACAUCUGCCUCAACCGUGACCCUGAUAGAAGUCUACCCAAUAUUUGACACAUAGCGACUCGGAGUUCGAUGGUAGGUGGUGCUGUGGAAUCCCUUUAAAUGCUUCUAGCAGGCAGCUUGGGCCAAAGUUUGUGCACACAGUUUUAAGACCUUCAUUUGAUAAGAUAUCAAGAAGGAGAGGCAACUUCAUGGGCGCCUACAAUAUCAAAAAUUAAUUUAUUUCAUCGGAACCGGUAAGGAUACGAAUUGACGGAGACUGCUGUGUUUGACUUAAAAUUAAGUAUAUCUUCAACACUGAGCAUAUUGAUUUUUGUAAAAGUGUUAUUUGCCUUAUAAUACCCGUUACACAUGGCAGACAUAUUUUGCCCGCUGUCGCAUUUGGUCUCAUUAUUAUUAAUAAAACUUUUCAUGUGAAAGAUGUAAACGUCAAUGAAUUGGCAGAUGCCUUCGCCACAAGCUCAUCCAGCGAGCGCAAUGCAUCUUGCUUCCAUUUAUUUUGCAUAUUUCGACGUUGUCUGCAGACGCUCUGGAAAUUUCGUUAAAAAUUAAACCCUGUUAAUGCAAUAGUGCAUGUUCUGCCAGUGAUCCGGAGGCAGGUAAGAAGUCCCCAAUCCCGUCCAUACCUUCCGUAUCAAUGCUAAAUUGAAAGCUGAUGUAUCACUGAAAAGAGGAAAUCAGUCUCAUCCAUUCGCAGUUCGACAGACAUGGACAUACAUAUUCCAGAAGUUAUACCCAAAUGCGUACAAGCAGAGUACAGAUAAUUUUGCUGACUUUCGUAUUUGGCACGUAGUGUGAUUCCGGAGCAUCUAAACAAUUUAUUUCAUGUCUAUAUAGUUUCAAGAACACCUUAUUUAAAAGCAAUCGGUAUUUGAUUCAUUGUGAUUAGUCGUAUUGGGGAAAAUUUACGGGUGGGCAGCAGGACGGACAGUUCAACGUCCAUCUGCCACAGCGAGAUGCUUGCGCAGUACAUACUUAUUUGUCAAAACGUAGUUAGUAAUAUAUACCAGGAAUACUUUCAAGACAGAGGCUGAUGGACAACUCCCAUUUCUGGAUGUCCUUAGACGUCAAAAAACCGAUGGAUCACUUCACAGGUCAGUUUGUCGCAAAGAGGCGUUCAGAGGUAAUUCUACACUUUGAGAGUAACCAGCUCGUUAUAUCCCUAGAUAGUAUGACGCCAGUUCUAAGCGGAAUAGAACAUAGACAGGAUACCGGAGAACAAAUUUACUGUGUCAGUCACUAUGUGUACGCCAACUGUUAAUCCUUCCCUCCGUGGCUUCGUAUUCAAGGGUUCAGCCCUCGUCUGGUUUGAGUGCUCCUACUGGUCUAGUCCGGAGCGCCCGCAUGAGCAGGCCCUCGCGUGUUGCUGACCCCUGGAGGUCGCGCAUGACUCAGUGGUGUGCUAAUGUCUGGCUCGCAAGCCGGCUUCCUAGGCGAGGCUGUACGGCCGGUUUUCGGUUAUUUGGCAGGCGUGACGUCCGGCCGACAGGAACAGUGCGUCGUGUCCUGGGCCGUCCUAACACAGCCUGUCCCUCACAAACGGACUGCAGUCUACAGCCUUCUGAAUCGAGCUAAAACCCACUGCUCUGAUAAAUGAAGUCAUCGAGCAGACAUGGCAUAACUCUACAAACUGUUCUCCCCAAAAUGGGUGCACGCAUGACUUAUACGUCAAUGCCCGAGGCAGCAGCAACUGAAGGGGGAAGGUAUUUCCAAUGCGGCGACCGCUUAAGCACCAAAAUCAACCACCUGGCGAACUCUCUUAUACGUAAAAAAAGUACCUGAACAAAUCGAAAGACAAUUAAACAAGUACCAGAUACAUAUAGCACAUCAGACGGCACCUACAGUACACACACCGCUUGUACACUCUAAGGACAGGGUUGGUUACCUCAAAAGAGAAGGCGUUGUCUACAAAACCCUAUGUCCUAUUGUGAUGCCGUUAAUUGUGGCCAAAAAUGGAAAAUCCAUCUAAACCCGUAUACAUGAACAUCAGUCAGUGGGGAAGAGACGCGACAAUCCAUCCCAGAUGGCCAUACAUACACACACUGGAGACUGGGCACACAUUUUCAUGGGAGAACAGUCGUAUUGUACUCGACUGCCUGAUAAGGAAAGGCCGUGAAUUCCUUGAGACAAUACACUCAGAUGAGGCAUUCAUCAACCGGCAUAUCGAUCUGGAUACUACGUGCAAUAUCUUUAAGGACGGCUUCAAAUUGACUGAACCGUCGCCGAGAAGAUAUCUUCAACCAAUCACAUAAUAAUUAGUCAGACUUGGUCUAGAAGUUAAUUAUCUUUGCACGCCCGUUGUCUGAAGACGCUUUUGGGAACCAGAAACGGAAAUGCACGCCAUAACAUUUUCUGUUUCCCAAAGAAUUGCAUCCUCCUAAUUAUAUAUCUUGGGAUGCCCUUUUUUCAAUUUAUGCCAAUCUUACGAGAUAAAAUAUCGACCUCACCGGUACUACCUAAAAUCCCAAACACGUGUUUUGCCGCUUCAUUGCAUAGUUACGAUGGCAGGUAAUUGAAUAUAACACAGUUGCCCCCUAAUGGAUGAUGAACCUCGGCCUAAACAUUCUUGUCCAAUGUUUGUCUGGUUCAAACUGAUUGAUUCCAAAGUUCAAAAGCAACAAUAAUAGUCAAUGGUCAAUCAUGGUCCAACAUUCAUUUGAAGAUUGAACGUCUUUUCCAGUAGCAAUUUACGCGCACGCAACAAGCGGUCCUAUCACCGCAGUAAAAGGGCACGUCAUGCAUAACAUACUCAAAAAUGUCCAGUCGAACAUGUGUAAAUGCAGCGCUUCAUCUAACCUGGCUUUGCAAUCCUGUCAUAUGAUUUCUUAAAAAACGUUAUACGGUAAACAUUCGAUUGCCCGCCAUAUCGUUCAGUUUGGGCGUUCUUGAAUGACGUACAACCGGCUACAAUUCCUGUUUGUUAUUUACUUUUUUGAAAGAAAACUUCUGCAGAUCAGUUAUCGGGAGUCACAGCAGGCCAUUUCAAAACCCUUAGUUUGCCAAGAACGAUCUGCCCUUCUACAGAGCUUAAUACCAGGCUUCAUACAGUUAUGGGAUUUCCGCUAGACAAAAAUGUAAAUAUUGCUAAUAUGUGUUCUCAAAACUAAUAGAUUGCAAAAUCCGUGAUAUUGGAGGUACUUUGUUGGGUCGCGCAGAAGUAACUAUCAUAUAAAGACGGAUUAUUUAAAGUAUUUCGAUAUUGGCUCUCCAUUCAACACUCACACAAACGCUAUGAUACAGCCACUUAACAUUACGUCGUCAAUGCUGCUAUUGCUUUUAUUUGGUAGCUUAAAUUUCUGACCUAUAAUUGUUCGCUCAAUUGUCAAUCGGAUGUACCAGCGGAGUCGGAGGAAAAAAACAUCGUGCGAAGCAUAGCACAACGCCAUAUAUCAGAGCUCGCAUAAGAUGAAAUGCCUGCAUAAAUUGGAUCAUCGAUCUGGGGGGCAGUCACGGCGCGGGACAAUCGGGGCCGCCAAUUAUCACCGCGGCCGACAAAGAUGGGCGGGAUUCAGAUCACGGUGACAUGCGCGUCGGAUGCAGCCACACAGGCGGCAAUGGUGGGUCAGGCAUAGAACAAAGUGCGCCAAAAAAGCAAAGCUGUGUGCACGACUGCUCAGUCUCUAAAGAUGGGUAGAAGAAACGACUACCCGAAACGUCAGACCCCAAAUACACCUCUCCCGGUGAAUGCCUUCUCCUCUUUUAAUAUACCAGUGUCUCAUGAUGACGCCCUUAAGAAUGUUGUUUCAAGAUGACAAUUUCGCAAGAGAAGCACGUGAAAUAAAGCAGAUAUUUAGUGAAAAGUUAUGUAAUAUAGUGAUCCCAGACCAAAGAAAAAAAACAACAUGAGCCUACAUGAGGCAUGAUAUCGUUGGACUAUUAAGAAAGGCUUGCACCGCAAGAUCUCCGAGUUUGGACAGAGCAGAUCGCCUCCAUGCAUUCAUUAUAUGCAGUGCCUCUGUGACAUCUUGCAAUCGCUUGACGUCAGUCAAACUGGUUAACCGCAGCCCCGUAGCUCGCAACGUCUUUGCAGCUUGUCCAAGAGCGUAAGAAUAAUGUAAUUCUGCUUCUGCAUCUACCUUCUGCAACUCAACAUGGAUUACGUCUCUUGCCACAUAAACGUCAUAGGAGCCCUGCUUUACCUGAAAUGGUACAUAAAGUGAACUGGCUGUUUAACAAAUAUAAAAUAUUCUGCAAGAAUUUGCACAGAUUUUUCAAGUUUACACAUAGAAGUCCAUUUGGUUCCGUUUUCCGGGCAUUUCCAAACAAUGGUUUGGGAUUGUGUUAAAAGCUCAGAGCCGGCGCACAUUACACUCAUUUACUUCAGUAGCUAUUCGAAAAAGAUAUAUUACCGAUGUGAGCAAGCAAUUUUUUAAUACAUUAUGCAUCUAGUGACGCUGAGCACGAACAAUGUAGUCACUGACGAAUAGCGCUUGCCAAUAUUUUAUGCUCAUUGUCACUGUGCAAGUACUUUCAAACGUCAUAUUAACAUGCAAGUGUUUAUAUCGUAUUUUGGGGAGAAGUAAAAGUUAGAAGCGGAGACAUGAUCUACCCCGGGGUUUCUACUGCUGUAUGCCUCGAAUGCAGAGCGUUCAGUAUUAUCUAUGCGCUUCUAGGUACGCCACCUGCAGAUAAGUAUCAAGUAAACAAAUAUAAAUAUUUUUAUUUGGAAUAUUAAUAGUUUAGGCGGAAUGCUCAUCCAGUGUACAAAUUCCUGAAUAUCGCCAUCCACAAACACAUCGUCUGCUUGAGCCUACUGAAAUUUUCCUAGGUUGCGAGCGAAAACCCAUCAAAAAUACCCUUCGAAUGGAAUACUUGUACUUAGUAUAAAUUACAACGAAUGACAUUCUUAGGGAAGGUAUGCCUCUUGGAUGUUUCUGACCGUUUGCCACUGGAAGGUUUGCUUUUCUUAAGGGUCAAGUCCAAUUUUUUAUGAUGCAGGGAAUUUAUAGCUCAAUCGGCAUACCUGCCAGAGCCUAUCUUUGUUGUGUGCUUUGCAAACUAGCUUAUUGUGGUUAUAGUGUGUGUCUGAUCGGCCUGUGGAUUGACCAUGAAGGCUGUGGCUAUAUGCGAAACCACCGUUCCCCGGCCUUCUGGCAGCAAAUGCAGUUUGAUACCGAACUAACAGUUAAUACUGCGUUUCAUCCAUAUGGGUCCAUACGGCUCUUUUGCCGACAGCCCCUCUUUUUGACGGAGUUUACAGUUAUGCAGAUUACAAAACGCAUCAAUGGCGUGGCAUGCCUGUCUGUCUUCGGAUGUACAAAGUGCCUGGAAAGAUUGAUGGUGUAGUGUACGUGACCUUUGGACAGUAACUCUGCAUAUUUCUUUCAUUCAUCGGUUACAACUACAAUACCCAGAGCAACCAGUUCUUUAUGACAGCCCUCAGCGACAUCCAUGAUUCAUUAUGGAUCUGCUCAUGUAUAGCCCCCCCCCUUAGUUGUUUUUUUUAACAUUUCAAAUAGCCAAUCCUGCCGCGCUUAAUACCCAACAUUGUGUUUUUGUCUGCUUAUUAGAGUAUUGGGUUAGAUGGUAGUCGGUAGUCCUCCCGGUGCCGAAAACUCCCAGCCACCUGUCUUACGGACCGGUGGUAAUAGGGGCUAUACGGGUGGGGCGGAUGAGCGGAGGCGUAAAUGGCGCUGGCAGUGUAUGCCUGGAAUUGACGCCCCUGCAAAAGUGAAAGCCUAAUUUACAUAAGGUAAAAAUGCAAGAAGGGCAUGGAAAUGAGCAUGAUUAAUUCGAACGGUAUGCGGAAUAAAUGAGGCCUUUCCGCAGAUUGGGAAGAAUAAAAACUGAAGGUGAACAAACAAUGGGAAGAAGGCAGUGUGUCUUAAGAUCAUUCCGCAGUAUGUGCGAUAGUACUCAAACCGACAGAAUGCACAUGAGAACACGGGAACCAAGCAGCGGCACGCAUGACGGCAUAACGCAAGCGGGUUAAGACUUUAAUGCCAAGAAUAUGUUUGGGCGGAAGAUAAAAUCCGCAAAUAAUAGUUUAUUGCCCCUGUGGCCACAUUUAGAAUUAAAACUAUGGCAGUAGGUGUGUGCUAUACGUGGGUGGAGAAUCGGUAGACACCCUAUCUGCGCGACGGUUGUCCUUUUCGUACACGGUCACGCCGAACUCUGCAAGAGGUCUGGAGUAAAAAGACCAAAGGACGCAGGCAAACCGAUAAAGCAGAGACCCGCGCCAAUCCGCCUAGGUUAGUAAUGAGAAGCUUGAUGAAUCAUAAUCCGCCUAGGAUAAAUCUUUCGCCUUUUACUAAAGCUUUGCGUGUGGGGGUGCAAUACGAUGAAUCUAUAUAGGCAUUUUUGCAGCGCCUCGUUCUCGGGGCGGUUAAAGUGAACAAGAAGGUCGCCCUGACAGGGCUUCUGCGCGUGCACUCCCAGAUAUAUGGAGAACGUAAUCACACCUCCUGAAAUCGUACUGCCUUAAACUGGAACUGCAAGAAAGGAUCGCUAACUAGCAGGGCUACCAACUACCAACCCGCCGAGUAUUGUCUAUCGCAAAUGCAAGGCAUUUAGAUUUCUCCAUGUGGUUAACGAAACGUCAGCUGUAUAUAUAUGUCAGGCCACCACGUAUGUAAAUCAUUAUGUAGAAGGCCAAGAGUAUAGUCGUCUGCUUAUUCUAUUCUCGUCUGCCUGCACAUCGACGCCGGAGUCGCCCAGUUGUGUUUUAUCCAUCAGGUGAACGCGGGAGUAAACAUGCCGAAAUAUAGAACUACAUGCGGUGAGUGGCCGUUCGUUUCAUCAUACUGUCGAUGCGUACGGCCUAUCAGCCAUUUCGGAUACAAAAAUCAAGAACACACUCAAUAUCUUCCGUAAACGUACUUGCUGUUGCAGAAUGGAGAACAAUUUUGCUCAGCAGUCUUCGGCACAAAAAGCGCAUCAGAAUGCAAACCCAUCGAUGGGCGCCCUUAGUAUUUGCUGAUUCUUCUACCCACCAACAAGUAAAUAGGCAAAGUGAUUGCCGGUUGUCGCAGACCUUACAUCCAGUGCUAUUUUAGCUGCCCGUAUGACGAAACAUAUCCAUUUCUAACGUACAGCAGCGUUCUCAGAACAUUUUAUCAUUCCAUAACUCAAUGAAUGGAAAUUAAGCGGUUAAAAAUUACGAAUAUUUAUUAUGUAGACUGAUCGGUGAGCGCCCAACAGUCAUGAUUGAUAUUCCCGAUCACAACCGACAGGAAAAUGGGCCCGUGGCUCAAUGGUAGAGCGUUAAACUUCAUGACCAAAAAUCCCGGGUUCGAAUCUCAAAUGAUCCACACUUGGGGUUGGGUAUGACUGGCUGGUGACGGCUAAUAAGCCAGAAAUUGCCAUUCCCGUCUCCCUUGUCUUUGUCGGUAUCAUCUUAUCUAUGUCUACUACUGGUCGCUGUGCGACUGCCUGCGAGGGUUCUAGAGUGAGCACCAAGGCACAACAGAAAGAUCGUGUUCUGUAACCUGAUCGGUGAGCGCCCAACCGUCAUAAUAUAUAUGUAUAUAUUCCAAGUCGAAUGUGUGCUUUGGGAAAGGAAGAUUAUUAUGCAAAUUUUCGACGCCAGUUCACCGAGUCGUCGUCAGGCACAGACGGAAAGCAAAUGCGCCAACACAGCUAACAUCUUAAGUGCACGUAAAAAAUCGAUAGUCGUUUGACGCUCACGCCAGUAAGCGGCCGUCGUGUGUGUCAGUCCGUUCUGAUUGGUCCUCGUCUCUUCCAUCUCACCUUGAGAUUUCUGUACGCGGCAUCCAACUCUAUGUGCCGGUUGCUGCUUGAUUCGUUUGAGUGCAUGGCCUCAAUAAACUCUCGGCCUUUCUUUGAGGGGCACACAGCGACAAUGCAAGUUUUUUCCCAAGCGAAUAUGUACCCGGAAUCGUUGAGUUUAUAUUGUUGUGGAGCGCUUCCAGUUGGUCCUUUUUAACGAUAACAAACGUGUCAUGUACAUAUCGCAGCCCCAACUUACGUUUAAUUGACGGAAGAGUAGUAGUCUUCAGUUUCUGUUUUGUGACUUCGGCGAGAAAACCAGAAAUUGGCGUUCCACAACAAUACAAACUCGACGAUUCCGGGGCUUACGUUCACACUCGAAAUAGAAGUCGACAGUAAACUACCUUUCCUGGAUGUUCUCGUACAACAGAAGACUGACGGAACACUACGUACAUCCGUUUACCGCAAAGACACUUACGCGGAAAUCAUUCUACCUUACGAGAGCAAUCAGCUAAUUUCUCACAGACGGGGUGAUGGACGCACGACGUUUGACCUGCCUGUUUGCCGCUGAGUGGUUUAGAUCUCCCCGGGGCUGACCGCUGACAGGCCUGCGUGACAUCUGUCCUCUUGGGGGUCGGCGUAGUUGUGGUCAAAUCAACGUGCCGCUUGGCCCCUCCCACGUCAGCCGGUGGACUGAUCGGUCGUUGUGGUUCAGGUGAGCGGGCGCAUCGCUGAGACAGUGAUCGGCCUUGGUCACAUGACCAUUUGCCCCCAAUUCCGCUCUUUUCCCUGAGCGUUCUCUCGGUCCCGCGUGCUUGCUUGCUUUAUUGGUCCUGUCCGGGCUGAUCCGAGCCGUGUACGUAAUGCCUGGUAGGCGGGAUGUAGAUCUAUAGCUCGGUUGAGUGUACCAGUCAGACACCAACUUUCGAGCAGUAGUCUGGCCAUCUUCUCAUUGGCUCGACCAAUUACCCUCGCCUUCUCAAAGGCAAAUUUGUGGUUCAGUUCUCGUAUGUGGCCAUAAACGAAAUACAGCUUGUCCUUGCGGUUGAUUGCAAGUUGGUGUUCGUGCAAUCUUGUGCCGAGUCGUUUGCCCGUUUCACCAACAUACCUUGCUUUGCAAUUUAGGCAUCGCAUGCUGUAGACCACCGCCGACUGUUCUGUUGUUGGUAGCGGAUCUGUGGGCUUAAUGAUUUGCUGUCCGAUGGUGCAUUCUGGUUUAUGAGUCACGCCAAUCCCAAAAGGUUUUAGAUUUUGGGAUUGGCGUGGCUCAUAAAACAGAAUGCACCCGCUUUGUUGAAUUCAAUCUUUCCCGUCAUGCAGUUUACUAUGGACGAAGAGCUCAACAAUCAGCUGGCCUUCCUUGCCGUACAACUGACGAAGCUGGAGGACGGGAAGCUAAGGACAACGGUCUACCGCAAGGCAGCUAACACCAGGCGAAUCCUCCACUUCAAGAGCAGCCACCCCGUUGUUCACAAACGCAUUUGUUUCAGGAACCUCUUCCAGCGCAUUCAAACGCACUGCAGCGACGAAAAUGGGAUGAAGGAAAAGAUUAAGUACUUGCACACCCUAUUUAAAGCUAACGAUUAUCCCAAGUACUUCAUGCGCAAGUGUCUUAAGAAGCCCCACCCUGAGCGGUCGAACGAAGAAAACCCGAAAAUUUGGCUCACAAUCCUUUAUUUCAAAAACGUGUCAGAGGCGACGGCAAGAAUCCUAAAGCCUUUCGGGAUCGGAGUGGCUCACUAG